GCACACCGCACGCUCCCUCGCACACAGACGCACACGCGCGCAGUCUGGCUUCCACGCCGUGAGUGGGGCAGCUUGCGGGCUCCCAAAGAGUGCGCACUGCGGCCGGCCCACCCGGGGAGUGGUUCCGCUCCCGCCGUCAGUCACGCAGCCCUGAGGAAGACGAACACUCCGCGCAGGUCGGCUCCUCAACUUGCUUCUCCCGAACCGCUCAACUUCCACACCGGGAAGGGAAUAACGCGGACCGCUGCCGUGGAUUGUUGUUGACGUGCAUCAACCUGCUCCAUGGCGAGACGCGACGCUCACGCCAGGCUGCUGCCGCCGCCGCUGCUGCUGCCACUGGCGGCGGCUUGGCUCCUCCUCUCCGCCCGUCAAGGGGUCGGCGCUCAGAAGGUGCGCGUGGAAGAGGAGCUGGAGGCGUACCCCAACGAGUCUGUCGAUCUGCGCUGCCAGUUCAUCGACGGCGGAGGCAAAACCAAACUGACUCAGGUGUCGUGGAUUUGGGAGCCCACUGACGGCCAGAGGGACAACAUCGCCGUGUACCACCCCAUCUACGGGCAGAGUUUCCCCAACUUGUCCUUCAAAGACCGGGUCAUCUUCCUGCAGCAGAACCUGGAGAACCCAUCCAUCAGGAUCUCAGACCUGCGGAUGUCCGACGCGGGUCGCUUCACCUGCGAGUACGCCACCUACCCGUCCGGGAACGAGCAGGGCACCACUACCCUCAUCAUGCUCGCCAAGCCAAGGAACUCUGCCAAGGUGGUGACGGUGCAGGCGGGCACCAAGGCGGCGGUGGUGGCGCAGUGCGAGGCGGCCGACGCCAAACCGGCGGCGGCCAUCAAGUGGCUGGCGUCGGUCGGGGGCAACCACUCCACCAGCACCACCAACGGACCCGACGGCACGGUGACGGUACGCAGCGAGUACCGGCUGGUGCCCACGCCCGCCGACAACGGCAGGGAGGUGACGUGCAUGGUGGACCAGCGCACGCAGGACAAGACCUGGAUGCACCCACUCAGGCUCUCUGUGGAGUACCCCCCCUCGGUCUCCAUCGAUGGGUAUGACCACAACUGGUUCGUUGGCCGCCUGGGCGCCACGCUAGUCUGCACGGCCAACGCCAACCCGGCGCCUACCACCAUCACCUGGACGGCGGCGUCCGGCCCCCUGCCGGACACGGUGGAGGUGGAUGGCAACAAGCUGACGGUGAGGAAGGUGGACGACGCCGUCAACACCACCUUCAUCUGCGAGGUCAAGAACAAGCACGGCGCCGCCAAGCACCAGAUCACCACCCACGUCAUCGAGAAAGAACGUCUGAUCUCCUCCGGCCCGUCCACGGGCGCCAUCGUCGGCGGCAUCCUGGGCACCCUGGUCGUCAUCGGCGCCAUCGUGGGACUCAUCUUCUUCAUCCGCAAACGCCAGGAGGACGCUGACGCCCCCCCCAAACACAAGCCCCCGCCCCCGGUGAAGAGCAGCGGCUCCACGGAGCUGCUCAACAAGCCGUCAGAACCGCCUGCCGCCACGGAGAUGGCGCCGCUCAGCCCGGGGGACGUCUACUACGAACCCACGGGAGGCGACACAGUCCGGAAAUCCAUCAGCGGUGAGACGUCGGGUGCCCUGAACGGGGGCGGUCCCCCGCUGCCGGACGACGACGACACCGACCUGGCCUCCGCCAAUCACGAGCCCGCGCCGGCGGCCCACAUUGCUCGGGGCGAGAGCUUUGUGUCCCCGGCCAUGUAUGUGUGAACCCCGCCCACCGGCCGCCGUCGCCCCCGGGGGUACCAGGAGGACCACUCCCUUUGGACUUAUUCGACUUUUUAACCCCACACACUUUUCAGUUCCUCAUGCCGGCUUGUGUGACCUUUUAACGGUCCAACCGCAAUAGCAUGACGCGUCUCGUUUUGGUUGUCGUGGCGCCCGUGUAGUUACCGAGACGCCUCCCGCUUUUAUUUGCUACCCGGAGGACCAGGUGACGUCAUCACCUGUCACCUAGCAACAAUGCAUCGUUAUUUUCUUUGUGUUUUGUUUUUGUACUUUGCGCACACACACUAAUGUUCAGGACAUCACACGGAAUGUAACACAAGUCGUGCAUGUGCACACACCGGACACUUCAUUAGGUACACCACCUACGGCAGGGGUCUCAAACUCAAUUUACCUGGGGGCCACUGGAGCUAAGGUCUGGGCAAGGCUGGGCUGCAUCAGGUUUUCCAAAAAAAAACAAAAAACACAUUUAUUAAUAAACUUUGCUUUGGUUCCGAUUUUCUACAAUAAAAGCUCUGAUAAAACAUUCCACUGUUCUCAAAUAUCUUACUUUUUAUUUUUCUACACAAAAUAAGAUGAAAAAUAAAUAAACAAAUCAAGAAAAUCAAUCAAUCAGUAAUAAAUAAAUAAAUAUUAUAAUAAUAAUAAAACGGCAAAUAAUAAAAACUUAAGAAACCACAUAUAGUUGGUGGGUAGACAAAUUAUUUUUUCAGAUUAAAAUGAACAAAGCAUUAUUAGAGCCCUGUAGACAUGACAAAACACGACUAUAGUCACAUGUAUACUCUUUUUAUUUACAACAUAUUGCGCAACUGCAGGGUCUUGAGACACAUGCUAACUCGCAAACUAGAGAGCUAGCGACCUAAACGGUAGCCUCCGUUUAUUUCCUUUAAACUUAAAAAGCGAAAAACUUACCACUUCCACAUGGAUAGGGAGGAUAACUAUUAACAGUUAUUUAACCUUUAACAUGAACAUUAAUCCAACGUAAUAAUUUUUUCUAGGUACAUGAUACCAUACAGCAUCCAUAUCAAACUUGCACGGGCCGCACUAACAUUAAACUUUCAUAUCAAGGCGGGGGCCUCAAACUAGUGUCCUGCGGGCCACAUUUGGCCCGUGGACCGUGUGUUUGAGACCGCUGACCUACGGCGACCCAAAAUGCAAAAAUGACAAUUCAUGCUCAACUUCUGGAAGGUAUCAAUCAUCAUUUCAUUGAUUUCCAUACUUAGGUGUAAAAAUCAAGAAAUAAUGAAAUGAAGUUUAGCUUCCCUUGUUGAGCUGUUUCUAAUAUUUUGCUGCGCUAAAGUAGAUAAUAAUGUACUACAAGCACAAUCAUAAACACAUAUUUCAAUCUUUUUACAAUCUCUGUGUCCCCAAUGAAGUGCCCGCCGAGCGUAUGGGGGGGUAAAUACUGCCAUUACACUGGAUGUCAACAUGCUACCAAAUGACCAAUAUUGUAAAUAGUACUGCUCAUAUUGUUGAAUAAUAAUAAUAAUAAUGAAUUGUCGUAUAAAAACCAAGUAUAUACAUAUAGAGUACAGUAGUUGUUCUCAGUGCCUCUGUGGCCGGGAUGGGGGUGUGGUCCAAGUGUUUUUAACCGAAGUGGUCGUAACAACUAAAAAAAAAAAGUGUGCUGACCAUGUAAAAAAGCAAUUGUAAUGAGUGUUGAUGUAACCGUGCAUGGCAUGAUGGAUGGCUUCUUCUUUCCAAAGCUUUUUUCUUUACGGAAAAGGAACAUCAAGCACAAAUCUGAGUCAACAUGACAGAUUUUUGGCAUUUUUUUAAUUUUAUUUUAUUAUUUAUUGAAAUCACACAUUAUCAGGAUCCAUUUGCAGCCUGUAGCUAUUUUUUUUUUAAUUUUAUCAUCCCUUAUUUUAUGGAAAAUAUCUUUUCAAAUCUCCAAAAAAGGGAUUCUUUUUGCUGCUGUUUAAAUUCCAUUGGUUAAAAAAGGGACUUUUUUGUGUUGACUUUGAAGUGUGCGCGCAAUCCAAUGUAAGGGUGUCCAAAAUGCGGCACAAGGGCCCCUAUUGGCCCGCAGCUGGUGUUUAAUUAGCCCUUUGAGAUCUAUAUGAUUAAAUAUCGCCGGACUUUUCUGUGAGUGAGCGUAAGAAGGAAAAGACAAUCUUGACAAAAGCAACAUCAAGCACACAAAGUGUGAGGAUUUAUUAGCGGUUAGCUAAUCCCCCUCCCAAAAAAAACGGUGUUAAAAGGCUCCGGUCGUGUUUUUCCGCAUGAAUCCGUCACACUUUUUCCAUCACAGAGCCACACGUGCCUUUCUUUUACUUGCUUUUUUUUUACUUUUCCAUUUGAUCACAGCAACACAAUCAGCGUGAAAUCCAAGCAGGUUGACACUGGAGAUGUCUUUUUCUUGGUUUCUCUUCUCACAAGGUUUGUUUUGUGAGCUUUGG